AGCCGUGAGGGACAGGGCCGAGGGAAGGAGCGGAAACCGUGCGGGAAAGUACCGGAGCCGUGAGGGACAGGGCCGAGGGAAGGGGCCAAGGGAAGCCUGCCCGCGUUCCCCUCUAGUCCUUCAGCCCCGCUUCCCAGCCAUGGCCUCGGACUCCGGGGACGGGCUCGCCACGCUGAAGCGGUGCCUCAGUGUGCUCAGAGACCCGAGGAACGACAGCGAGCAGUUCGCAGCGCUGCUCCUGGUGACCAAAGCAGUCAGAGCCGGAGAGGUGGAUGCCAAGACCCGCCGCCAGAUCUUCGACGCGAUCGGUUUCACAUUCCCGACCCGCCUGCUGAUCUCCCAGCAGCCCCCAGCCGACUGCCCCCCGCACACCUUCCGUGCCCUCGGCCUCACCCUGCUGGCCUGUUUCUGCACCGACCCGCAGCUAGCUGGGCACUCCCAGAUCCUGAACAAAAUCCCGACCUUCAAUGACAUCCUGCUGUCCCCCUGUGACCCAGACUGCACAUCCAUGGUUGAUGAUGUGUACCAGUGCCUCAGUGCUAUCCUGGCUACAGCCAGGGGCCCCAGGGCGUUGGUGACCAAAGGGACAGUGUCUGCCCUGUGCCAGGCCUACCUGAGUGGUGGUCAUGGCUCUGAGCGUGCCCUCACACUGCUUGUGGGGCUGUUGGCCAUAGCAGAGGCCAAGUGCUGGCACAGAGAUGCUCCACAGCUCCUGGCUGUGCUCUCCAAACUCUCCAGUGACUUCCUCAAGGCUGAAGACAUGACCAAAUUUGAGCUGUGUGAGGUUCUGCCUCGCUUCAUCCCCCUGUCACAUCCUCUCACAGAGAACUCUCAGGGCUCUGAGUGCCUGUGCAGGCUUUACAAAGGGCUGGCUGACGUUUUGGGCAGCAAACUCAGCCAGGCCCAGCGGGACCCCGCUCUGAAGCUCGCAGCCAGCCUCGUGCAGGCCUGUGGGGCUGAGUGGAUCCCAGCAGGGAGAGCUGGCAGCAAGUUCCUGGCCCUGCUGGUGAACUUGGCUUGUGUGGAGGUUCGCCUGAGCCUGGAGGAGCCAGAUCCCCUGGAGGUGGAGGGCAAGAAGGAAGUGGUGACAGCCUGCUAUGUCCUUAUGGAGAUGGGCAUCCAGGAGUGCCUGAGGGAGGAGAACCCUCUGCUAGAAAAUGUGCAGAAAAUGCAGCUGAUGAGGAUCAUGGAGGAGGCAUUUGGAGCUGUAAUAUUCUACUUGAGACAGGUUAAACAGGAGGAGCUGCAAGAUCCUUUCAUCUUUGCCUCUGUUCGAGUCCUUGGAGCCUGGAUGGCAGAAGAGACAUCCUCCCUGAAGCAGGAAAUCUGUGAGCUCUUGCCUUUCCUUGUUGAUUAUGCCAGGAAGCUUUUCAAGGAGGGCAGCCCAGCUGAGAGUCCUCCCCAGGCAGAGCUGGUCAGCACUGAGGGCUCUGCCUUACCCCACGAUGCUCUGAGAUUUCUGCUCCCUGGCUUUUGCCAUUUGACAGCAGAGGACAAACCCCGGGACAUCCUCAUUGCUGAAGGGGCCCCAGCACUGCUGUGUGAGUACUUCCUGCAGCAGUGGGAGGUUCUGACCUCCGAGCCCACGGCCCCAGCACCUCUGACAAGCACUGAGAUGAGUCUGCAGACCGUGUGUGGGAUUUUCCUUAACCUGGUUGUGACUGCUCCAGACCUGGUCAGGCGUGACAAAACCUUUUCCUCCUUGAUGGAUGUGUUGCUGAAGUCUCUUCCACUUCUGCUGCCCCAGAAGCAUCACCUGGUUCUGGCAGCAAACGUUGCCACUCUGGGCCUGAUGAUGGCCAGGAUCCUGGCAGGGUCAGCAGCCCUCCAGGGAACACAACGGGCCAAGGAGUUCUUUGGAGCUGCCAUUGGCUUCCUGUGCCAGGCCCACGUGGCUCAGGCAGAGCCCAGCAGUGACAGGCUGGCCCUGGCCGUGUCCCCCGCCUACGCCAGCGCCUGGGACGACAUCGCUGAGCUCUGGUUCCUGGGGAUGCAGGCCUGGGCUGGCUGUGUGCCCCUGCUCCCCUGGCUGCCACACACCGCUCUGGGGGCACGCUGGCUGCAGGGAAUGGCACAGCUGCUGUCCCAGGUCACUCCAGCCUCUGUGGAUUGUGAGCUGGUCACUGCGUUCCAGGCCGUGCUGGUGGAGCUGGCCAGAGCCAGCCAGCAGUGCAGGGAGGUCAUCCUGUCCCACCAGGGCACGGAAUGGGCCAAUCUGUAUGGAAUGGCAGCUCUGGAACAGUGUCUGGCUGAGCAGAGAGGAGCCAGCAGCACUCCAGGUGGGAAAUGAACCUGCACAAGGUCUGUUCAGCACUUCUGCCAGAUGGGCACAAAAAAAACCCCAUUUUAAUGACCAAACUUCACAAAACUGGAGUGAUGCAGCAGCACCCAGCAUGAUCAGCACUGUCCACAUCUGUGUGCAGAACUGCUGCCCCUCAGAGCAUUUCACCUUGCCCUUGCUCGACCUGUUGUGAGGAUUUCUCUGUAAAAACAGCCUGUUUUGUUAUUAAAGAU